UUCUGUAAAGCUGACGUGACUUUAGAAUACGUCAAAACAUGGAAAAUAACCUCACUUCUAAGAUAAAUUUGAAUGAAAAACUUUCAAGUUAUCAAUUGGAUUAUUAGAUACGCUAAAUUCAAUAAUGCUAUUAUUCUCUCUGUAUAUAUAAAAUUUCAUGUUAUGAAGACUAUUGGUUAUGUCAUCUGCGUACUCAGAACCCCAUCUGGAGGAUACGUCGUCUUUGGACGGCCACGAAAACAAUGAUAAGGACGAAAAAAACAGAAAUAUUUCAAAGUCUGAACAGAAAGACAAGGUUAAAAAAAAUUUGAAAAAUAAGUAUCUCAAUAAAAUGUUUUAUUUAUUGAAGGAGUUCCUUAUCAUGGUAGUAGUUGCCAUAGCAUAUGCUGCUAUUACAAAUGAACCUCCAAAAGUUAGUAAAAGCCCAGCAGCUUAUAGGUUCUUUCCUGAGGAUGCUUAUGUAACGGAUUGGUAUCGGGGAGAGAUAAGUGAUGCCAUCAACCAAGCAAGAAGUGCCGAUAUAGCCUUUGUUAUGUUUUAUGCCCCAUGGGACGCAGAAUGUCAACAUGCAAGGAAAGAAUUUCAGACAGUAGCCAGGUUUAUGCAUCAACAAAUUACAUUCUCAGCAGUUAAUUGCUGGCAACCAGGUAGUGAAUGUAAAACUCAAUACAGUAAGGUGAACAAGUGGCCAAUUUUAAUUGCUUAUCCUACACAUGGUAGAGGAGUUCAAUAUAAUGGUCCUCUUGUAGCUGCACAUAUGAUGGCUUUUUUAAAAAAACUUAUUUCACCUUUCUCAAAGGAAGAAACCAUUGAUUUGAUGUCUCAACACGAUGUAGUUGUGACUGGUAAUGUAUAUGCUGGCCCAUUCAGUAGAGACUUCAAUAUUUUUUAUCAAGUGGCUCUUAGGUUACUAGAAAGAGACCCAUUACAAGAAAUAGCUGUAACUGUUGAAACACAAACUGAAUACAAUCUUCCCGAGCUCCAUAUCCAAAUGUGGAAUGAGACUUUGAUUUACCCAUAUUCGGAAUGGGAAAUCGAAUCCAUUUUGAAUUGGAUUUUAAAGAAUGUUCAUCAUUUAACGACAUGGAUAUCACCAAGUGGAUCUAAAAGCAUAUCUUUAUCGAGUUAUCUCCAACCUGGGCCUGCCUUGAUACUAUUCACUCCCAGAAAUCCAUUAGCAACUCAUAGUGAUUACUAUAGUAUGUUGAGAGCAUUUGCCUUUGAUUACAAUAGUUGUGGUGUUGAUCAAAUAAUCAAUAAACUAAUAUCAAUAUUUCAUAAGAAAAUUCAAAGCGAUAGAAAAGAAAGAUAUAUGCAGUAUCUUAAACUCAUUGAGGAGUGUAGCCUGAAGAAGUUCAAAGUGAAACGUGUUACCUCAGCCAAUCUUUGGAGUAACAUUUCAUAUUGUUUGGAUAUGAGGUACCUAAGAGAGAGUUUGCAUCAAAAUAAUAAUAACAUGAUAAACUACUUUGGUGGAAUGAAAAUGUUAUGUUCGAGGUUUCUUGCAAAUUUCGAUUAUGGUUACGAAGUUCCAGAAAUCGCCAGAUUUAUUAGUGAUAAUAUUGUAUAUAAGACAUCUAAAUUGAGUGAUAUACCUGACUACAGAUCUCCGAAAAAUCUAAAAAAAGCAAUGAGAAUAGAAAUAUGUAAGACACUGCUUAUUGCUCAAAAAUACCAGCAUCUGGCAUUUUCUAGUGAAUUAUAUAACGAUGAUGUGGUGGGGGGUUUCGAUGUCAAAGGACUGAAGUGCAAGACAAAUAGAACACUCACUUUCAUUGCCAUGGAUAGUUUGCGUUAUCACCAUUAUGCAGAAAAAUUGGGUAUAGAUUUAUCUAAAAGACCUAAUAAAACAGCAGUGGUGAUAUUGGACGAUAAGAUGGAAUCUCAUUAUAUAAUGUCCGGUGAGGUUACUGAAAGUAAUUUAAGGAAUUAUGUAUAUAAUUACACUAAAGGUUCACUCAAACGUGCCUUGAGCUCUUUGGCUUCUGUCAGAUCAGAAAGUACACACUCUUAUUCAAACAAUCGUGAUUGCAAUUUCGACAAUGCCGAAUUCGGUGUGAGAGAGCUAUCAGCUACUAAUUUCUUGGAAACCAUUUCUCAGACUAAUAAGGCUGUGAUAAUUUUCUACUAUUCAAAGCAGUGUUCAUUUUGCAACGGUAUUUCAUAUACUUUCUUGACCAUUGCGAAAUAUUUCGCAACUGUUCAAGAACUUCUAUUCGCGAGAGUGGAUGGCGAUUUAAAUUUGUUACCUUGGGAGUAUACAAUGGAAACAUAUCCUACAAUUUUGUUUAUUCCUGCCAACCAGGUUUCAGAAAGUAGAGUAUUUCCAAUGGAUAUGCCAAUAAAUUUGCAAAAUUUGAUUGGUUUCAUCUUGGCCAAUUUACAAACCUCCCUUAGGUUAGAGGCUAUGUGGACACUUUGUGACAAGGCCAAGUUUAAUCCUGAUGUUAUGGACUGUUUUUUAUCUGUAAGACUGCAAAUAUCUCAAACCAUAGAUAGGACUCUUCAAGAAUGGAGAACUUCACAUAAUGAAGAAAAAUCAUUAUUAUCACUAAAGCUCCAACAUUUACACGAUUUACAUAAUUUAUUUCUACAAUAUCCACACAAUGUGACUUUAGCGGAAAACUUAUUCGCUAAACUCAAAUUGAUAGAGAUGCAACCACCCGAGACAACAAUUUGAAAGGACGAAAAAUUGCUCUGGUUGAUCCUGGACCUCAGAGAAUUCAUGGAGUUCAUCUUCAGAAUCAAGAAACAACUCUUCCAUUCUUAUUUAUCGAGAUCCAAAGAGCUUGUACCUUGUCAAUUUUAUGUGGCUUCAAUCAGUGUGCAGAUAUCGGUUAUCACAAUUUUUUUGAUAUUUUUUUUAUGAAAACCGUUUAUUGACUAAUUCAAGGAUACAACUCCAAGUAAUGACAAUAACAUUAUCCAAAUAGUAUUUUCAGGGAGUCCUGAAGAAGUUCUGUAUGCUUGAAGAACGAUCAAAAAUAUGGAUAUUGAAAGUACUUUUAAAUUAAUCAAAUUUGUGAAAUUAUCUUCGAUUCAUCUCAUUCCUUUAUGAAGGUUGAUUCCACAUGCAGUUUUUAGCAGUUGUAUAGGAAAAAUUUUUCGUACUGUUCAUUUUCUGUAGCUUGCUUUUCGUUUCAUUCACUAUAAUUUUUUUAUCAAUAUUUCUGAAAAAUUUUCAAAGUAGGCAAUUGCAGCAUAUUGGAAAAUGAACUGCAUGAAAAUUUUUUUGUAUUUUGUAACUACAUUACUAGGUAUCAUUAAGAAAUUGUAUGUGGAAUUUUUACCAAGCCGGUCUACAUCUAAGUUGUCAUAAGUUUUCUACGCAAUUUAGAAAAUGUCACUCGAUCUGGUCAUUAGUAUGAAGUCUGGUUUUCAGUAAGGGGCCAAUUUUAUGUCUUAAUGUAGCUAUUAUAGGUUAUAAAAACUGUCAUAUUUUUUUGACAUUUCCUGAAUUGAGGUUACCUCUACAGUUUUUUCGAUUAACACUUGAAAUUACUGAAAGGUACUUCAUUUGAAUAUAUUAUUCAUAACAUUUCUCUUAUUUUCAACAAUUUCUUUUUGUUCAAUUAACUCUAAAUGAAUAUUAUAAUUAAUUCAAUUCCAUUUCCAUAUUAAAUAAUUAGACAUCUGUGAUAAGUCAAUUUGUAGAUAAUUGAAAUGAAUUGUUGUCAUA